GAAGAGGGAGGAGGGUCGCUGUUUUCUUUCUCUAUGCUUUAGGAAAAGAAAGGAAGGAAGCCCUAGCAAGGAAGAGAAGCCUGAACCAAGUGAGGAGAGAUGGAUGAUUGGGGGAGGGACUGGAGGAAGAGCGCUGUUCAUUGGUAGGCUCAGGGUCGAAUUACACCAUUUGCCGUGCAUUAGUUUGUUUUUCUCCCAGCCUGGAGAAGUUGAUUCACUGAGACGCGCAGAAUCUUUUUUGGGGGGAGAUUACGGCAACGCGAAAGGAUACAAAAUAAUCAUUUCCGAUGAGUUAAUCGUAGUGAAAAAGGGGCUGGUGUAACAGUGUAUGAGGGAGGAGGAGGGGGGCUGGUGCGGUCGUGGCAAAGCUUUGAAGCUCACUCAUCAGAGCGCAGGGGCCCGGGGACGGAGAGAGACUCAUCAGAGGCAAGAGUCACAAUAAUGUGUGGCGAGCGGAGCUGAAAUCUGUGCGCAACUGGAUAAAAGAGAAAAGUGGGGUCCGGAUGGAGCGCAAAAUAACAGGAAUAUUACAUGCUGGGGGUUUUCUCGCAAAUGGAUUACCAAAGGAAUAUGACAUUCUGCUGGACUGCCCCGUUCAUGUGUGAAAUCGGAUACUUGAGGUAACAUCUCCGCCAGUGUGAAACAGGAAGUGUCGUCUGUGAGCAGACAUGGGCCAGAAAGCUGCGCUUCUGCUCAGUGAGCUGCUGCUGCUGUUGCUGACAGUCUCGCACACUCUCCUCGCAGUCAGCUUCCCGGAGGACAUCGUACCCCUCGAUGUCGUCGACGCGCACUUUUCACGGCGGUACCCUGUAUUCAGAGGCAGGCCCUCUGGCAACGAGUCCCAGCAUCGCCUUGACUUUCAGCUGAUGACCACGAUACAGGACACUCUGUUCAUCGCUGGCAGAGAUCAGGUGUACCUAGUCAGCCUGAGAGAAUCCUACAGGAAUGAGAUCAUUCCUUACCGGAAACUAACAUGGCGAUCGGGCCAAGCUGACAGAGAGAUGUGUGCUGUGAAGGGAAAACACAGAGACGAGUGCCACAACUUCAUCAAAGUUCUGGUUCCAAGAAAUGAUGAUCUGGUGUUCAUCUGUGGUACUAAUGGCUUCAACCCAAUGUGCAGAUACUACAGGCUGGAUAACCUAGAGUUUGAUGGGGAAGAGAUCAAUGGACUGGCACGGUGCCCAUUUGACUCCAAGCAAACCAACGUUGCCCUUUUCGCUGAAGGGAAGCUGUAUUCUGCAACUGUUGCUGACUUCCAGGCCAGCGAUUCUGUCAUCUAUCGGAGUAUGGGUGAUGGAUCAGCCUUGAGAACCAUCAAGUAUGACUCCAAAUGGCUGAAAGAACCUCAUUUCCUGCAUGCUGCAGAGUAUGGGAAUUAUGUGUACUUUUUCUACCGGGAGAUCGCGGUGGAGCACAGCAAUCUGGGAAAGGUUGUGUAUUCCCGCGUGGCCCGAAUCUGUAAAAAUGACGUGGGUGGGUCACAGAGGGUGCUGGAGAAGCACUGGACCUCCUUCGUGAAGGCAAGGCUGAACUGCUCCGUGCCGGGGGAGUCUUUCUUCUACUUUGAUGUGCUCCAGUCCAUCACCGACAUCAUCGACAUCAACGGGGUUCCCUCUGUGGUGGGUGUGUUCACCACGCAGAUGAACAGUAUUCCAGGGUCAGCGGUGUGUGCCUUCUCCAUGGCUGAUAUAGAAAAAGUAUUCUUGGGCCGGUUCAAGGAGCAGAAGACUCCUGACUCCGUGUGGACUCCGUUCCCAGAGGAGAAGUUACCCAAACCUCGACCCGGGAGCUGUGCAGGUCACGGUCCAGCUGCGUCCUUUAAGAGCUCCGUCGAGUUCCCGGACGAUACCCUGCAGUUCAUCAAGUCCCACCCCCUCAUGGACACAGCUGUGCCUUCUAUAGGAGAUGAGCCUUGGUUCACCAAGACACGGGUCAGGUACAGGCUGACAGCGCUGGCUGUGGACAGUGAAGCAGGACCCCACAAGAACUACACAGUGGUGUUCAUCGGGGCUGAGUCGGGGGUCGUCCUCAAGGUUUUAGCCAAGACCUCCACCGUGUCUCUGAAUGACAGCCUGCUCCUGGAGGAAAUAGACAUCUUCAACAGGGCCAAGUGCCUGUCUAACCGCGAGGAUGACAAGCGUGUCCUCUCACUGCAUGUGGACAAAGACGCACACAGCCUUUAUGUCGCCUUUUCAAGCUGUGUCAUCCGUAUUCCCCUGAGCCGCUGUGAAAGGCAUUCCUCCUGCCACAAGUCCUGCAUUGCAUCAAGGGAUCCUUAUUGUGGCUGGAAGCCUCACGGAGCCUGUGAGAGGAUACAGCCGGGUGUUUUGACUGGAUAUGAGCAGGAUGUUGAAUUUGGAAACACGGCCCACCUCGGUGACUGUCAAGCAUUUUUGGGCACUACUUCAGCGCCAGAUUACAAAUCAUUUGGCGACCCUACCUCUGACAUGGAGUUUUCAUCAGCGCCAGUCACUAUCCAGCCCAGUGGGCCCAUACACCCCCCAGUACUCAUACCCAGUCAGAGCCCCAGCUCUGGGCCUGAUCCAGAGCUCUACGGCUCACGCUUUGUGCUGCAGGAUGACCCAGCCACCUCCCGUUCUUUAGACUCUAUCCCAGGGGGCCAAGAGGGUGUGUGGGAUAUACAAGCUGGUGAGACCAACCAGAUGGUCCACAUGAACAUCCUGAUCACCUGCGUGUUUGCUGCUUUUCUCAUGGGUGCCCUACUGGCGGGUUUAAUUGUGUUCUGCUACCGAGACUCAUUCCUCCGUAAACCAAGACAUGUCCACAAGGAUGCAGAGUCUGCACCAUCUUGCUCUGAUUCCACUGGAAGCUUUGUCAAGCUCAAUGGCCUCUUCGAUAGCCCUGUAAAGGAGUACCAAACCAACAAUGAUUCUCCGAAGUUGUACACCAAUCUUCUCAGCACUGGCAAAGACCUGAACACGCCCAACGGUGACACUAAAACGGUCAUCCUGCGGGAUGGAUGUCAGCCCCCCGAGUUGGCUGCUCUGCCCACACCAGAGUCUACCCCUGUGCUUCAGCAGAAAGGUCUACAGCCCAUUAAAAACCAGUGGGAGAGGGCACAUGGGAAGGUCAGUGGGUCCCGUAAGGAGUCCAACUCAUCCGCCAAGAGUCCUCAGUUCCUUCCUUCUUCUCCUACUCCUGCUAACUCUAGCUCCCACCACCCUCACCUCGCCCUGGGACACUCGCACAUCCCAAGCGCUGUGGUCUUGCCCAACGCUACACAUGACCACCCCAGCCAUGACAAUGGGGAAGAUACACUACCACAUUCAUCUGAAAAGAAGCUUAAGAACCCAGAUUCUAAGGGAACUAAGAAAGACCAGAAGAGGUCUGUGGAUGCCAGAAAUACCCUUAAUGACCUUUUAAAACACCUCAAUGACUCUGUGGCCAACCCCAAGGCCAUUCUUCAAGAGGGAUCAGGGCCCCGCCCGAGGCAGCACCUCACACUAGAGCCCAUGGAGGAACUGACUGAAAUACCUCCCAAGGUGCCCAGUCGAGAAGCUUCCUUGUACUCUCCCUCCUCCUCCCUGCCGAGGCACAGCCCCACCAAGAGGGUUGAUGUGCCCAUGCCCACUACACCAACAGGAAGCCUGAGCAUGGGGGGCACCCUGGAGAGGCAAAGAGGGGGGUACCAACUCCAGCGGAGUGCAUCUCACAGGCACUCCUUAUCCACCUCACCAAAUGGGGUAACCAUGGGGGUGUCUGUGUCUCGCCAACACAGUAUGAACAGGGGGGGUUACAUGCCUCCGACACCCCCCUCCAGACUUGAUUCACAUGGUGGAGUUAUGGCACCAGGAAUGCAUUCAGCCCACCCACCCUCAGUAUCCAGACAGAGCAGCUACAGUGGGCAUGGCUCACUUCCUCGCACCGGGCUUAAACGGACCCCUUCAAUAAAGCCAGAUGUGCCGCCUAAACCCAAUGGGUUUUCACCACAGACUCCACAAAUGCGAGUAGUCAACAAGUACAGCUAUUAAAAGACCAUGGACACUUCAAAGUGAGUUCUUGGCCUUGACUGUAGAGCUUUGAGCCCUGAGGGCUUGGGGGGAGGGAGUACAGAUGGGAUAAGGCCUAGUGUGUGUUUGUGUAUCAACUUGAGGUGCAUUUCCCCUUUAAAUGAUAUGCACAUUCACUCACACUAAAAACAGAAAGUCAUACAUAUGGCCAAAGAUACUCGUUGGGGCCUCUUUGCCCCCUGCAAGCCAACCUCCCUCCCUUGCCACAGUAGCCACAGGAUAUGAUCAGUGGACAGUGGUGAAUCUGCUGCUGCCCAGUGUAUCUGGGCUUAGGUCUCACCCGUUACCACAUUUGGAGCGAGGUUUAGGACACCAGCAGAGGCCACGAUGGUGUAUGUGGGACCAGGUCAAAAAAAACAGUGGAAUACUUGAAGAAUGGGUCUCAUUUGUCACUCCCCUUGAGCACUGUCUUCCCACUAAUGUGAAGUGAACAGAGAGAAGCCAGAGGCCAUAGCUUUGGCUGUAAGAUGGCAUAUGGCAGAUGGAGGGGAAGAUCAAAACGUAUAGCGCGUGUGUUGUUUUAAGAUACACGUGGCCGUAAACAGCUGAUCAAAACUGUAAGAAAAGAGAAAGUGUGUGUGUGUGUGUGUGUGUGUGUGUGUGUGUGUGUGUGUGUGUGUGUGUGUGUGUGUGUGUGUGUGUGUGUGUGUGUGUGUGUGUGUGUGUGUGAGUGUGUGUGUGUGCUGGCUGACAGGAAAGCAGAUUUGUGUAAAUGCAGCAAAUAUAUUAGUGCCACUUGCCCAAGAAUGCACCUUAAGACAUUUAAGACCUAAGUCACUGUCUUUCAUUAAAACAACAUUAUAUUUUCUUUGAUCUUCUUUAAACCUCCCUGGACAGAGCUUAGGUCAUACCUCUGUGUCACAAUGUUGUGUACCUAGUAAUUAGAUUAGGUUGUGGUGAAUUGGUCAUGCUGGCUUGUACACAGAAAUGGCCAACUCAAAUUUUGCCUACUGGUUUGUGCUAUUGAUUUCAGAUAUAGGAGUUUGUCCCUGAUGCAUUUAUUCCCCCUACCAGUCGAGGAUAGCCUGUGACAUGGGUGUGCACAUCUGCUUAUGUGUGUCUGAGUGUGUGUGUGUGUGUUGCAGACAGAGGCCAAGGAGUAGUUUUAAGCAACCAAACGCACUGAUACAUGAAAUAAGAUGUGUCUCUCUGGGACUGAAACUUCCUCUAACCUCCACUGCCCCUUUGUAAGAAUUCAACAGUGGUUCAAGAGUCUUCUGUCUUUAUGUAGCAAUGCUAUUAAAAGAAAAUGCAUUUUUCAUCUCAUUCUGUAACUGGGUUUCCAACAAAAUGACUUGCUUUUAUAAUCUUUUACUAUUUUAUUUAAAGAAUUUACCAUUUUGAAACUAAAGCAACACCAAUGGUUUAGCCCAUAUAUUUGAAUUCACCAUUUCAAGGCAGGUUUAUUCUGUAAAUGUCUGUGUGUGCGUGUCCCCUGAUAGAAGAAUGCUAGUUUUUUCCUCCCACUUUAAAUCCUAUUUACGACAUAUUUAACUGAACCUAGAACAAUACGUGGAUGUACCAUCUUUGUCAUCUGUCCGGUUCUGCAGCCCAUGUUCCCUGUUCAGUUUUUCCUGCGAGUGGCCCCAUGUACAAUCAACACUACAUUUAUCAAUGUGUCCAAAUGAGUCAUGCUGGGAAUGACAAGAUACUGUAUAUACUAAAAAAUACUAUAAAUAAGGAGUAUAAAUAUUUUUAGGCAAGUGAACCCGAAUCUGUGCGUUGUGUGCCUUAUUCACGAAUACAGUAUAUAAUAUUGGCAACGUCAAUUGGUCCUCUGUAUGUUAUGUCAUAUGCUCGCUAUAUGAGUGAUUUUUACGUAAGCAAAUUGAAAUUUUAGCAGGAUGCGCGUCGGAAAUCCAAACUGAAGCGAUACUGAAAACACACUGACAAACAUUCCAUUUGUGGAUGCGAGUCACGCAAAGGGAAAGCAAAAACACCUACUGGGAUAUAAAUCAGUUCGUUCCUCCUUUACUGCCGGUGUUGAAAUGAGUGGCGUUAAUCCACCAGGUAAAGGUGCCAUGCAGUGAAUGUAUUUUUCUUGAACGUGGGAUGUAGGGUGGUGAGACCUUGCACUGUGGAGCAGUCAGCUCGACGCAGCAUAUCCUGCCCACAGCCGAUGUAUUAACACAGUGUUCACACGAAAGCCGUCUUUUGGCAUGGCCGCGCGGAAUCUGUAAUUCCCCCAGGAUUGCAGGACAGGAGUUGUUUCUAUUGGCCAGCAGUGACGACCAAGGGAUCAUUUCUCGUAGCAGUGGGUACUUAUUUUUCUUUUUUUCUUUUGUGAGGGCAGGGGGGGGGGAGAUUCUGCAAUCUUAUUCGAGCGUCAGUUGCCUGUUCAAGCCCAAAGCCACAUUUUGUUUACAAGUGAUGAUUGUAUGUAAAGACUUUCUGCCUGUCAUCGAACCAGAGUCUGGGCUGUCUCUUUUCUACUCGACACAUGCACACUGACAUCACAGACACACACUCAGCAUACACUGUUCAACUGCCUUGUACAUUGCAAUAUGAACUGGGUCUUUCAGUUGCAAUCUAAAUUGAAGCCUUUAUAUUUCAGUCUGGUGUACGUGCAGAUGAACCAGAUUUUGUCAUGUAAUUCUAAUUUAAAUACUGUGCAACGUGGCGAUGAGAGGCCAGCUGAUCUCCAGAGUAUUUGAGCGUGUAGAUAUGUUGUAAAAUUGUACUGUGAAUGUGUAAAUAAUAAUGAUGGUCUUUGUUUCAUGAUAUUUUUUGUUGUUGUUUUUUCUUUUCUUUUUUUAACACGGCAUGUAUAGUUGAAAUAAAACAUUACUGCACAGAAA